CCCGCCCCGGGCGGCGGCGGCGGCUCCUUGACCCCGGUGCUGUCCGUCCCGGUGGUGCGGGCAUGGUCGUGUCCUGGGCGCUGCCCGCGCCCCUCAGCCCGGCGCAGCUGAAGCGCCUGGAGGAGCACCGCUACAGCGCGGCCGGGCACUCGCUGCUGGAGCCGUGGCUGCAGCCCUACUGGUGCUGGCUGGUGGAGCAGGUCCCGCGGGGGCUGGCGCCCAACGCCAUCACCAUGGGCGGCCUCCUGCUGAACUGCCUGACGGUGCUGCCGCUCAUCGCCUGCUGCCCCAGCGCCACCGAGCAGGCACCUUUUUGGGCAUACAUCCUGGGUGCUCUAGGACUUUUUAUCUACCAGUCUUUGGAUGCCAUUGAUGGGAAGCAAGCCAGAAGAACAAACAGUAGUUCUCCUCUCGGAGAACUCUUUGAUCAUGGUUGCGACUCUAUUUCCACAGUAUUUGUUGUCCUUGGAUCCUGCAUAGCAAUCCGACUAGGAACAAAUCCUGACUGGUUGUUUUUCUGUUGUUUUGUGGGACUGUUCAUGUUCUAUUCUGCUCACUGGCAGACAUACGUAUCAGGCAUGCUAAGGUUUGGAAAAAUUGAUGUAACUGAAGUUCAGAUCGCCAUAACAAUGCUGCUCUUGAUAUCUGCCUAUGGAGGAGCAGCAAUAUGGGACUAUAAAGUCCCUUUGCUGGGCUUAGAACUGAAGUUCUUUGCCGUUAUUGGCAUCCUGUGUGGAACAGCACUUUCUUUUUUCAAUUACUUCCGUGUUAUCUUUGGUGGAGGGGUUGGAAAGAAUGGAUCUACAAUAGCAGGAACAAGUGUUCUUUCACCAGGCCUGCACAUUGGACUGCUUAUAGCUCUGGCCAUUACAAUUUAUAAAAAGUCUACAACUCAGCUGUUUGAAAAACAUUCUUGCCUGUAUGUCUUGACAUUUGGGCUUGUGAAUGCCAAAAUCUCACAGAAGCUGGUGGUGGCUCACAUGACAAAAAGUGAAAUUUCUCUUCAGGAUUCUGCAUUUAUUGGGCCAGGACUUCUUUUUUUGGACCAGUACUUCAACAGUUUCAUUGAUGAAUAUAUUGUUCUGUGGAUAGCAUUGUUCAUAUCCUUGUUUGAUAUGCUGAGAUAUGCCUGUGGUGUAUGCCUACAGAUUGCCGCUCAUCUUCAUAUACAUGUCUUCAGAAUUUCAUCUCAUCAAGCUCCUGAGCAGGUACAUGUUGCUUCUCCACUGAGCCAUCAGAAUAACAUGGACUGAAGAGACUUGCGAACAGUUGCCAUCUCCUGCUGUUGCUGUCACAAGAAAAGGAGAUAAUGCUGAACAAAUGCUGUAUCAAUAUGACUCCUUUGAAUUAAAUUAAUGUCAAAUAUUUCAUGUUAAAUUGAAUGUUCUGUUUUUGCAUUUAACCAACUUCAUAGAUCUGAUACUUACAGUGUCCAUCAUAAUUUUCUUCUGCAACAUUGCCAUUUCCUUGCGAAGUUCAUUUUGGGCACCAGCCAGAAGAUUUUCAUUGCUCUUCUCCAGCUCCUCCAUGCUCUGAAGUUAAGGAUAAUAUUAAUUCAGAACUCAGUGUCAAGGGGUUAAUUAAAAACAACCAAACAAACCAA